AUGGCGGAAAACAAAUUGACUGUUUUAAGUGUCUUGAUUACGGUGAUAAACCUCGCUCAAGCGUCGGCGUUGCUAGACGUUACUAAACUCAGCGAAGAACUGGCGAAAGUGGCAGACAACAAUUUAGGUGUCACAGUUAUACAGGAACAAUUCAACUCACUGGCUUUUGAAAAUAUACCAUUGGAUAACGCGCAAUUAAUAGAACAGUUACUACUGUCUGUGAGUGCCAAAUUUCAAUCUGGCAUACUCGCAGUUGAAAAUCUUCGUGAAGCUGUCCAAGACUCUUUGGCUUCUUCGAGUCAAGGAACGUUCACCGAGUGUUGCCAACUGGACCCCGACCAACUGGAAUACAGAACGCGAUUCAGAAAGCGUAUCGAUGAAGACAUCGCUUGUGAGAGGCUCUCUUCUGCUCGGGUAUCCAAUCCUAAACGAUUAAACGAUGGCGUCAUCGAUGUUAUGAAAUCUAAUUACCAAAACCCAGCUCACAAAGGCAUUCAAUGGCAGUUUUACGGCAGCGAAGAGGGAGUUUUUACGAUCUAUCCAGCCAACUCGCGGAGUGACUGUAAUGACUAUGAUGCUAGAUACAGACCUUGGUACGUGGAAACGGCAACAUCGGAUCCAAAGAACGUCGUAAUUCUCAUCGAUAACAGUGGUUCUAUGAGCCAUAGCCUCAGUGACGGCCGUACUUUUAUGGAAACUGCCAAGGAAGCGGCGAAUACGGUGUUAGAUACCAUGAAUCCGAAUGACAAGGUUUCUGUCAUUGCAUUUUCAACAGAGCUGAGGCGACCUGGCGAAGAUAGUGGCAGUUUAAGUUGUUUCAAAGAUCAGUUAGCCGAAGCAACUCCGCCUAAUAUUGAUUACUUGAAAAGUUUUGUGCACUCGAUUCCCACUGAAGAUAAUACAAACUACAUAGGUGCAUUGAAUGCGGCAUUCGAUUUACUAAAAGGCUCGAUGUCGACUGAUGAAAACAGAAAGCAAGUGAUACUAUUUCUCACCGAUGGCCAACCCACUGACAACGUCGGUGAUGAUGACGAGAGGAGGAGACGGAUAAUGCAGACAAUUAUUGAUAGGAAUAAUGACACCGUGAUGAAUAAUAAGGUCAUCAUUUUUACAUAUGGACUCGGUGGAGAAGUCGAUGCGGGUCUUCUCAAAGCAAUGGCGUUGCAAGACGGCAGUACGUAUGGAGUUGGCUCCUCCGGCGGCGACAUUGAGGCUGGAAAGUCAGUUAUUGUAUCGAAUCCGGAUAACUUACGCAUCGUGAUGGCAUCAUACUAUGAUCAGUUCUCGUCGACAUCAGCGAGGAUUAAACCAAUCUUCUCCGUACCCUAUCAAGCAGCUUCGGGAAACGGACUUAUGACCACCGUCGCUUUACCAGUUAUAUACAAUGGCGGGCUGGAAGGUGUGGUCGGUGUAGAUAUCACCUUACAAGAUAUCUUCGAUGAAAUAUCAUACUUCCACCAGGGACAGCUAUCCUAUGCUUUUAUAUUUGAAUCCAGUUCCAACGCUGCAGGCCGUACUUUAAUCCACCCAUUGUUACCGGCCCCAAUCAACGUAGAAGAAGACCCUGUUUUUGUACAUAUCACGUCUUUGGAGCGUGCUUCCCAAUUUAAGGCAAUGAUAGAGGAUGCUGAGAUUGAAGGAGAUAGUUUUAAAAGGGAGGCUAAUUUUUCUUCUACAAGAUCAAUACCGAGGGGUAAUUCUGCCACAGAGGGCGUGCGCACACAGGGCGUCCUAUCCACGUAUACAUGUGAGGCGAUCGGUGGUGGCACUCCGUAUGUGCUCUGUUUAGUCGUAGCUGACAGUGAUAUACAAACCGAAUUAAAUGCCCAGACACCCACAGGGAAUGACUUCGUGUAUCACAGGGCGGAUCUGCGUCGCUCUACCCAGGAGUGUAGACACUUUAACAGAAGAGCCAUUACAGAACAAUCAUCCGUCAAGUUCAGUCCUGAGGCAUUCGUUGAUCCACAAAAAUACCUCUCCGAAGAAGAAGAUGUACACAUUGUACAGGCAUACACUAACUACAUGAAUGACGUCACAGGAACCGUCCAAUCAGAUAAGUUCAAACCUGGAGUGCGUGACGCUGUAGUCGUCACUGCCGCUGCCGAUGAAGUUUGGAAACAAUCUUUACAAUCCGAAACAAAACAAUACACAGCUUUCUACUACAUUGGUACAUCGAAUGGUGUGUUUCGUGAGUAUCCAGGUGUACAGCUAAACCACAGUUACGACCACACUGUAAGAUCCUGGUAUGAACGCGCUAAAAGCAAUAAAGGAAUGCGGACACUGUCACCACCAUACGAUGCGGCAAGUGGAUCUGGUUACGUCAUCACUUUAAGCCACACGCUUGUUGAUAGCUUGUUAUCCAAUGAAGUCGUAGCUGUAAUGGGCAUGGAUUUUACGUUGGCAUAUUUUUAUCGGGUGUUGACUGAAUUAUACCCAUUGUGUAUGGAAACUCAAUAUAGCUGUUUUGUGAUGGAUAGUAGCGGAUAUCUGGUAGUUCAUCAAGACUUUUUUGGUUCAAGUGGCAUCGAUAUUCAUGAACUACAUAUAACUCAAUUGGAACCGGACGUUGCACAACAUUUGAUAACUGAAGGAGUUCUAACUAAGGAGAAAUGUGUCAAGUUUCAGAAAAUAAAACUACAGAAUUACUACGUGGUCCCAAAAUCGUCUAACAAUGUCGUUGAUAAUCUGGAGGAUGCAAACCCAUGUAUGCGUUAUCAACUUUCCUAUAUACCAAUGACCAAUGCUUAUCUUGGUAUCAUUGACAAAUCAGGUCGUUGUCUUCAAUCGCUGUGCCCCUGUCUAGAGAGCAACUGUCAACACGCAGGUGAAGAUAAAUGUGAGUGUCCAUGUGAUUCUGACGCGGCAUAUGAUCACUGUGACAACGAAUUCCAGUAUACCAGUGACACCGCCCCGUCCUGUACACCUCCUGUCCUCGAUAUAGACCCAAUUGUUGAAGAGGAUUCCAAUCUUUACGAUUUGUCGCAGUGUUUUGCAUUUGACUGUAAUGUUAUGAAAAAUGCCAUUGAUUGCGAAUCGGUCGUAAACUGUGAAUGGUGUGACGAGGGUGAGAACAUAGAUGAUCCAUACUGCAGUGACAAGGUCUACUAUUGUAAACCGGCGCCAUUAUCGUCGCCAUCAGCUGGGGCAGUAGUCGGAGCAGUAAUAGGAGUUUUGCUUGUUAUCGCCAUCGUGGUUGUUGUGAUCGUCGUCAUUAUGGUAUUACGUAGAAGACAUAAAGACGACUACAGUGAAAACCAUAUGUCGAUGUCGUACACUGCUAGUGCACAGCCAUCAGCACCCCCACCACCGUCGGCACCGAGGGCUCCAGAAUCGCCGCAUUCCGGGUCAUUGGGGUCAGAUAUAAACAUGUUACCUGACUCUCCCGCUUAUAUUAAUCCGGAAAGUAAUUGGAGUCCGAACAACUAUGAAUCAAUGAGAGGACAUGCAGCGGAUUAUCCAGGUCCCGUAGUAACACGGGAAUCGUCAUACGAGGAACCAUACGACCCCAGAGAGGAACCACUAACUGACGACUACCAGGAAAUACGGCUGUAAAAUGACGAUUUUCCAGAGAAUGAA